AUGUCAGCAUGCCAGACAGAGGUGAAGAUUUGUGAGCCAGGAGGAGGUGGAAUCCUCCUCCCACUUUUCGGGGACGAUGAGCAGGAAUGGCGCAAGGGGUUGAGAGCGGUUCUCUACCUGCUUGGCUUACUCUGGCUGUUCAUGGCCGUCGCCACUGUUUCCGACAUCUUCAUGGGUGCGAUCGAAGAGAUCACGUCGAAGAAGAAACGGGUCUUGAAUGCCAGCACGGGCAGAUAUUUCACCGUCAAGGUUUGGAACGACACGGUGGCGAACCUCACGCUUAUGGCACUGGGGUCAAGUGCACCAGAAAUCCUUCUGUCAGUAAUUGAGCUGCUCGGGAAUAGCUUCUACAGCGGAGAUCUCGGGCCCUCUACCAUUGUAGGCAGUGCUGCCUUCAACCUCUUCUGCAUCUCAGCCGUGUGUGUAAUGGCAAUUCCGGACAAUGAGGUAAGGUAUAUCAAGGAGACCAACGUGUACCUUAUCACAGCCGUCAUCUCUUUGCUUGCAUACCUUUGGCUCUACCUAGUGGUGUCCGUGAUCUCGGAGGACAUGGUGGACAUUUUUGAAGGCAUUCUCACUUUCCUCUACUUCCCAAUGCUCGUCGCGCUCGCCUUCGCUGCAGACAAAGGCUACAUCACCUUCAUCAAGCGCACGAACUCUGACAACAUGCACAUUGUGCACAAGGGCAAGCUGGAGCUGUCUGAUGAAGACAUGGCCCGAAUGAGCAAGGCUGAUGGCAUGCAGAUCUCCGAUGAAGAGCUUGCCAAGUACAUUGGGACGGAGUCACAAAGAAUGUCCAAGGCAGCCUAUCGCAAGCGAGCUCAUGAUCAAGUCUACCACGGCAAGCCUGCCGAAGUUGCAAAGCAAAGGAAUCACAACUUCUCGGCUGUGGUGCCUGCAGAAGAGCCUCCUUUGUCGCCAUCAGGGGGCUAUGUCGCUCCACCGACUCCAGCGGCAACUGUCCUCUUCGGUGGGGAAAACUUCGCCGUGCUCGAGACAGUUGGUUUGAUCAAAGUGCCCGUGCGGCGAACCGGGAACUUGUCCCUGUCCGUGCACGUCGACUACUCGUGCAGAGAUGGUACCGCCAAGAAAGGCGAAGACUACGAGGCAGUCGAAGGAACAAUGACCUUCCUUCCGCAGGAGGCCGAAAAGACCAUUGACAUCAAGAUCAUGAAAGAUGAUGUCCCAGAGGACAGCGAAGACUUCUUCGUGGAUCUCACAAACGUGAGAUGCGCCUGCAAGGAGGGCUUCGCAGCUCUUGGGCCGGUUUCAACUGCCAGGGUCGUCAUCGUCGACACCGAUGAGCCCAGCGUCAUUUACACAGAUGAUGAUGUCGUGCAGGUUGACGAGGUCUCGAGAGACAAGGAAGUGCGCGUGACCGUCAGGCGUCGUGAUGGCUGUGGAGUCGUCUCAUGCAAGUAUGUGACGGAGGAUGGUAGCGCAGUCGAAGGUCGCGACUAUGCCCGCGCCGAGGGUAUGAUCACCUUCGGACAACAGGAGUUCAGCACAGAGGUUGCGAUCAGCAUCCUCGCCUCGGCCACCUUUGAAGACAAAGAGGACUUUCGGCUCAUUCUGUCGGAUGCUACUGGACGUGCCGGUUUCGACCCUAAUACGGAUGGGGGAGCCGACAGCUGCAUUGUCACGUUGGUGCUCACGCCAGUGGAGGUGUCCAAGAACUUGGCACAUCGAACAAUGCGCGCUCUGGGCGUGAACUGGCAGAAGACACAAAAGGGCCACGAAAACUGGAAGGACCAGUUCAUCAAUUCUUUGCUGGUCAAUGGGGGUGAUGAUGAGGCCGGUCCUCCCUCGGGCUUUCAGUGGGCAUUGCACCUCCUCACGCUUCCGUGGAAGCUGCUCUUUGCCAUCAUUCCUCCGGUGGACUACUGUGGUGGUUGGCUGUGCUUCUUCGUUUCGCUCAUGUUCAUUGGCUUGGUGACAGCCCUCAUCAGCGAUCUAGCUGGGCUUGUGGGCUGCGUCCUGGACAUGCCCGACUUCAUCACGGCAAUCACCUUGGUUGCCUUAGGCACCUCUUUGCCGGACACGUUUGCAUCGAAGGCUGCAGCGGAGCAGGACCCUUAUGCAGACGCCUCAAUCGGCAACGUCACUGGCAGUAACUCAGUCAAUGUGUUCCUGGGGCUCGGGCUGCCUUGGACGAUUGGCUCGUGCUACUGGGCCUCAGUUGGGCGAACGGCGGAGUGGCAGAAGAAGUACCAGUCCGAGGCCAACUUCGACUUGUGGAACAGCGGAGAUGGCAAAUUCAUAGUGAUAGGUGGAGAUUUGGGUUACAGCGUGGUGAUCUUCAGCGUUGGCGCAUUCUUUUGUAUGUUCGUCCUGUUUCUGCGACGGAAGGUUUUUGGCGGGGAACUUGGUGGUCCGCGAGUCUGUAAACACAUCACAAGUGUGAUCCUAGUCAUGGUUUGGUGCGUGUAUGUUAUCCUGUCUUCCGUCAAGUCCCUUGAAUCCGCUGCGGCAGAGGUCUGCAGAUGA